GUGAUGACGAAUGAGGAUCGUGAGGAAAGUGACGCGUGCGUCCGGACGUGGGCCACGCCCCCUCUUUGUAACGGCCGUUUACCAUAGACAGCCGUCUUUGGAAGGGGGGGCGGAAAGGCCUCCGAAAGGCAGCGCCCCUUGCGGCGGAUCGGCGCUAGAGCAUGGUACCCGGCCGCUCUUCCUCGUUCUCUUCUCGUGCACGGCUGGCGGUCCGGAAAAGGGCUGAUCCCUGGAGGGGCGCGCGGGAAGGGGGCGAGGUUUUGGAACCGAAGGGCCGCCGGACAUAUGUACCUGGGAGAGAGAUGAAUUCCAUUAGAACCUAAGUAUGGAACUGGGAAAAGGAAAACUGCUAAGAACUGGCCUCAAUGCCUUGUACCAGGCCAUUCAUCCCGUGCAUGGGCUUGCCUGGACAGAUGGAAAACAAGUGAUACUGACAUCUUUAUAUCUACAAAAUGGAGAGCCUAAAUUCGGCAACUCCAAUGUGGUUGGUCAGUUUGAACAUGUCCACGGGCUUUACUGGGGCCCCUCUUCUGCCCCGGAUCUGCCGACGCUUCUUGCUAUUCAGCAUAAGAAACACAUCACCAUGUGGCAGCUGUGUUACAGUGCUUCCGAAAGGAACAAACUAAUGGUUUAUCAGAUUAGCGAAAUCAGUGAACUGUUUCCCAUACUUCCUCAGGGCUGCGUGUGGCAUCCAAGCAAAGAGAUUUUGGCCGUGCUGACGACACGAGAUACUUCGGUGCUGCACUCAGUUCGGCUCAACAGCUCCAGAAUAAAAGCCGAUAUUAAGGGAACAGGUCUCAUCCACUGUGCUUGUUGGACCGAGGAAGGCGACCGCUUGGUGGUGGGGAUAGGCAGUGCUCUGCAUUCCUACAUUUGGGAUGAUGAACAGAAAACAUUAAAUGCCUGCUCUUUUUGCCCAGUCUUUGAUGUGGGAGGCUACAUUUGUGCAAUUGAAGCCACUUUGGGUCCUCAAGUGGCUGUUGCCACUGAGCUUCCUCUUGAUAAGAUAUGUACAUUAAAUGCAGGCAGUUCGUUUGAAAUCCCCCCUGAGGUCAGAAACUCUGUUCCCUCCCAAACUACCUCAUUAGGUUAUGAAGAAGAGACCUCCACGGAUGGUGGGAAAAAGCUGUCGGACCAAGAAAAAGCUGCGUCAACGGUACCUUCUGCAUCUUCGCCUGUGGAUCUUACUCAUCUUUCUUCCAGCAAACAGCGAUCGGAUAACAGUUCUCUCACUCAUCUGAAGCCCAAAGAUUACCUCACGGGAAGCGGCCAAGAUGCCUCACACCUGGUCUUGGUGACGUUUGAAAGAAAAGUCACAGCCACCAAGAAGGUCAGCAUUCCAGGCAUUCUGGUCCCAGAUAUAAUGACGUUUGAUUCUAAAACACAGACUGUUGCAGUAGCUUCUAACACUUGUAAUUUAAUUUUAGCUUACUCUUUAAUGAUGUCCCAUUUGCCCAACAUUCAGCAGAUUCAGCUGGAGAAAAGCGAGAGGCCCAAAGGCUUAUGUUUCCUUACUGAUAAACUCUUGCUGAUAUUGGUUGGAAAACAGAAAUUAAUGGAUCCUGCUUUUCUUCCAUCGUCACGCUCAGACAAGUACAUUCUGCGUUUGAUGAUCAAAGACGUUGUGGGCAAAGAAGGUUCCUCUCUAGUUGCCGGUGCUACCCAGGUUUGCUUCACAAAGAGAGAGACCAUUGAAACUCACGCUUCAGAUACUCACCCUCUGAGCGAUGGCUUAGUGAUUCCAGGUUGCACCAUUCUUCAGUCUCCUAGAAACAGAAGAAAACUUGUAGAAGAAAUUAAGAACCCUGCAACCGAGCAACACCUGUUGACAACUGUGGUUGAUGCCAAGGAGAAAAAGAUUCCCAAGGAUUUCCCACAGCCCUUUGAAACUUUAGAUAUUGAGCCGACGAAUCGUUCAUUGGUUCUUCAAGGACUGGAAUCUUCUCCGGGGAUAUCAAACAUCUCUGUUUCACCCAGUAAGCCAGUGCACAGUUCUCAUGGGAUGCCAAAUUCCUCAAAAACGAACGUGCUGAGAAGUGAAAAAGAAACCAGUUAUAUCUCUAAAAAUCUGGAGAGGUUGUGCAGCAGCUUUACAGAACUGCAUCACCAGCUUUUUGAAGUAACUGAACUUCUGAAGUCCGGAAAGAAAACUCUGCCACGAUACCCAUCUUUUCAUGAACCCUCUUUUGUUAACAUCAUUUAUCAGAAAGAGUCUUCUGGAACAGUUGCACCGGAAAAGCGAGCUGUCAUCCUCUGUGAUGGUAAACUUCGCCUGAGUGUCAUUCAGCAGCUGUUCAAUUUGUCUCUUGUUGAAAUGCAGCAUGGUUUAUCCUGGAUUGUUCUCACAGCAGAUAACGAAGACUUUAUCCCAUUAACAUUUGAUACUCUGCAGGAGAUAGUCAUAAGAGAUGCUAGCGUCAGCUGUAACGAUAGAAGCAGCAGUUCUUCCAAAAUACUGGAUGCUGUCAGUUCUACUGGCGGAUACAGGAAGCUUUCUUCUCAAAGUGUGGAUCUCACUACCAGCUCAAUAGAAAUGCUGAGGGAAUGUUCUUCCCAGAGUCUAGUCAGGAGCAGCCAGUCUUCAGGCCAAGCCGGCACAGCUCACAACUGAACUAACAUCAUCCAGCUGGGACAGUUUGCCAGUUAUCCUUUCACUGGGCAUAAUUAAAACUGAAUUCUCACUGUAUUUUAUGCACUGCAUUUUACAGUUGUGUGAUGUUUUGCUGUAUUAUAGAUAUUGCCUUGAAUUAUCAGUCUGUUUUUUUUCCAGAAUGUUAUCACUCCAUGCGAACUGCAGGACCUUUCAGCAAAUAACGUUUAAAUUAUAUGACUAGUAGAGUUUGUACACCAGCAUGUUUACUCCGUCUGUUUAAGCCUGUUUGCUAUGCUGAUUCAACAAUUUAUUUUAUUGUAUCACCAGUCACAUUUUUUUCCUAUUAAACACAAUGUAGAGUGUUAACCAAAGCAUAAACAUGGGGGGGGGGCUCUUUGUUUACUCAGGAGAAGUCUCAUUGGCAUGAAUACACAAAAUAUAUGGGUGUUGUUUCUAGUGCUUCUAGAAGUAGAAACAAAACUGGGUCAUUGUUUUUGCAGUGUCAUAUAAUGAAGUCCUGCAGCUUCAGUUUCUGUUUCAUUGUACGUCAUCUUUGUAUUUUAUCAGUGCCUGCUGUGAAUGCUAUGCACUUGGACAAAUUAUUUAGCUCAGUUUAUAGAAUUGCUCAUUAAUUUGUACCAAAGUCCUUCAGAUGAUAGCAGCAUCUGCUUUUGGACAACGCAUCUCAACCUAGUCUUCCUUCAGACUGUCCAAGAGACAUGUUUACAGAAUGUGUGUGACAGAGGUAAACAGCUCCAAGCUAUUAUCAGUGUAAUAAAAAGAAAAUUUACUUAAUUCAGUAUAGCUAUGAAGGCUAUUUGCUAGCACUUCUGAAGUGGUAUUACAACCAUUGUAUCCUAGAGGUUGAGAUCUUGAGCUGAUUUUAUAGGGAAGCAUGGGGAACCUUCAACAUGUUCUACUUCAUUCCCCAGGCAUUUUGCGAGUCUGCUUAGGAUUCUUCAGAGGCAAUUUAGGGUGUUAAUGCCAAGUUCUGAAGCCUUUAAUGGUUCAGGACACAGCUGCCUGAAGGAUCACUCUCCAGUACUGACCAAACCAAGGUUUAAGCCUCGCCAGGGGGGUCUGUUUGUGAUGCCCUUGAAGAAUGUGGCCCACAGAACAGGCGGCCACAGGACUUUCUGGAUUGUGGUACCCUGGCUGUGGAACUCCCUUUUAAUAGCUAUACAUUUGUCUCCAUCACCGUUUUAAUUUAGGCACCAGCUGAAAAGGAUUUUUGGGGGGAGGGUUGUUUGUAUUUGAUGUAUUUAUUGUACUUAUAAUUUAUUAAUAAUAGUUGUGUGCCAUCAAGUCAAUUUUAACUUACAGUGACCCUUUCUGGGGUUUUCUAGGUAGGCACGGCUCAGAAAUAGUGUAUUAGUUCCUUCUUCUGGGGGUGGUCCUGGGACUGUGUAGUGUCCCCAAGGUCCCACAGGCUGGCUCUUUUCUUGGGAGGCACUGUGGGGAAUCGAAUUGCCACUCACUGAGUUAUAAUUCAGUACUUAUUAUUUAUUCCUUAACUUGGAAUUAUGAUUUUUAAUUGUAUAUUUAUUGGACAGUAUUUUCAUGCAAGUUGUGAGAUAUGGUGGAUUUCUUUUUGUUGUGUGAAGAAGGGUAGAAUAUAAAUUAUUCAAUAAAUAAAGCUGAUAUAUAGCAAUUUAAAUUUUUAUCUGAAAUGUGGUGUGUGGAUAACAAAAUUGCAAUUUGAAAUUACAGUGUGCUAUAUAGCCAUGCUGUAUAGCUGACUACAAUAUUUGGUGUUUACAGGGUUCUGUACUGUCACUUACCUAAGAGAACCUACCGUAUUUUUCCAUCUAUAAGACACUACUUUUUCCUAAAAUCAGUACCCUAAAAAUUGAGGGGUGUCUUUU